AUGAAACUUUUCAAUAAAUUUAAAGAUGAGAUUUUAAAAGAACAAGAAGAAGAUGUAAAUCAAACUUCCAUAUAUUUGAAUUCUUAUCCACCAAAGAAAUUAGCCCAAUUGGGUUAUGCAAUUUUAAAUUUAAAUAUAACCAAUGUUAGAACUGGUAUCAGUGGUAAAACAAUUUUAGAAUUGCAAUUAGAUAAAUCUAUUGCCAAUGGAGAGAUUGAUACAAGUACAAUGAAGACUGGAGAUAUUGUCAAGAUUGCAAAGAUGAUUAAGGAAAGUAAGAAGGAGAAUAAAAAGAAAAACACGGAUGGGGAUAAAGAUGAAGAUGAAUUGGCGAUUGAAGCAGUUGUUGUAAAAGUUACAAAUCAACAAGUUACAUUAUCAGUGGAUGGAUCAAUCAAUGAUGACAAAACUUUAGUACUUUAUAACAACACAAAUGAUAAUUCAAAGUUGUGGAUUGUAAAAUUAGCAAAUUCAAUCACUUAUGAUAGAAUGAUUAAAACAAUGAAUAAAGUAAUAAAUUUACAAGAAUCUGAUCAAAAUGAUAUACAUAGAAUUCUACUAGGUGGGUCGAAAUUCAACAUAAGAGAAAAUACUGAUCCAAUUGUUGAUUUCUUUAACUCCGGUUUAAAUCAAUCUCAAAAAGAUGCUAUUAAUUUCUCAAUUAAUCAAUCAAAUUUCUCAAUUAUAUUCGGACCUCCAGGGACUGGCAAAACAAUGACUAUAAUCGAAUUGAUUCAGCAAUUAACAAAGAAAGGAGAAAAAAUUUUAGUUUGUGGUCCGUCAAAUAUUUCGGUUGAUACAAUAUUGGAAAGAUUAGGUAAGAAUUAUAAAUCAAAUGAAUUAAUCAGAAUAGGUCAUCCCGCUAGAUUGUUACCUGUGAAUUUACAACAUUCACUUGAUGUAUUAUCGAAGUCAUAUGGUAAAGAAGUGAUCCAAGAUCUUGAAAAGGAUAUACAAUCUACCCUUAGUAAGAUUAAAAAAACAAAAAGGUAUGCAGAAAGAAAAGCUUUAUAUCAAGAAUUAAAAAUGUUAAAGAAAGAAUUGAUACAAAGAGAAAGGAAAAUCAUAUAUGAAUUAUUAAAUGGUGCGAAAGUUGUAUGUUCAACAUUACAUGGAGCUGGCUCAUUAAUCUUAAAACAAAGUCAAGUCCAAUUUGAUACUAUUAUAAUUGAUGAAGUCUCACAAUCCAUGGAACCUCAAUGUUGGAUUCCUUUGUUGAUUAACAAUAAUUUUAAAAGAUUAGUAAUUGCAGGUGAUAACAUGCAACUACCACCAACACUAAUGAAUAAAGAUUCGAUAUUAGGACAAACUUUAUUCGAUAGAAUUAUUAAAUUUCCAAAUGGUGAAAAAAUCAAAAAUUUAUUAAAUAUACAAUAUAGAAUGAACAAUAGUAUAAUGAAAUUUCCAAGUAUGCAAUUAUAUGAAAAUAAAUUAAUUAGUGAUGAAUCAGUAAAAAAUAUAACAAUAUCUGAUUUACCAAAUGUUGAAUCAAGUGAUGAAACUAAUUUAAAAUGUAUAUGGUAUGAUACUCAAGGUGGUGAUUUUCCAGAACAAAAAUUAGAUUCAAUAGGUGAUUCAAAAUAUAAUGAAAUGGAAAUAUUAAUAGUAAAAGCUCAUGUAAAUAAAUUAUUAGAACUAGGUGUUGAACCAAAAGAUAUAGGAAUUAUUGCACCUUAUUCAGCACAAGUACAAAUUUUAAAAAAACAAAUAAAUUCAAAUAAUAUUGAAAUAAGUACAGUUGAUGGUUUUCAAGGUAGAGAAAAAGAAAUAAUAAUAUUAACAUUAGUUAGAUCAAAUGAUGCAAAAGAAAUUGGAUUUUUGAAUGAAGAAAGAAGAUUAAAUGUUGCAAUAACAAGAGCUAAAAGACAAUUAUGUGUGAUAGGAGAUUUACAAUUAAUGAAUGAUUCAGGUUUUAAGUUUUUAAAAAAUUGGAGUAAAUAUGUUGAAGAUGGUUAUGAAGAUAAUGAAGUUGAACCUUAUGAAAUUGUUUAUCCAAACAUUGAUGAUUAUUUAGAAAAUUGA